GUAUGUUUUUUACGUAUUAAAACUCAAAAAGAGUUUCUCUGUAAACAAAUCCUAAAGAGAGUCUUCUUUCAUUACCAAACCACUUUCUAAGAUCUUCGAAAAAACACCGGCGAGUUCUCAAUCACCGAGUCGACUCAGAAAUGGCUUUGGGUGGAACAGCUCCCCCAAGGGGAAGUGCAGCAGCUACUGCAAGCAUGCGUAGGAGGAGGACGACAAGUGGUGGUGCCUCUGGAGGGGCAGCUGGGACUAUGCUCCAGUUUUACACGGAUGAUGCCCCAGGACUCAAGAUCUCACCCAAUGUUGUUCUUGUCAUGAGCAUUGGCUUCAUUGCCUUUGUUGCCAUUCUUCAUGUGAUGGGUAAGCUGUACUUCGUGCGUAAAGAGGCUUAGAAAAGUACUUACGAGAGGAUACUGUCCAAUGUGGUGAAUUUUUGGUUUUGAAUGAAUUUAUUUUGGGUUUCAAAUCAAUAAGCAAAAUUUUAAAUUAUGAAAGAUAGACUUUAAUUUGUAGACUCUUAAUGGUUUAAACAGCUGUAGUUUAUCUUUGUUUCUGUUAAUUAGAGAGAGUUGCAGCAGGUUGUUAUGUUUCUCUGCACUUUUUCUUGUUUUAGCACUUGUUACUUUAAGAUUCUUCUUUUCUUUCAGAAUGAGAAUAUAGUCAUUGGAAUUUGAAAAGCA